AUGUCAGCCGAGGAACAAGUAGAAAUAGAAUCCAAAGUCAAUGAUUUAAAAAUCAACGACAACAAGGACAAUGGCUCCCCAGAAGCAUCACCAGAACCAAAAGAAGAAGACAGUACCGGCACCACCACUACCAAAAAGAAAAAGAAUAAAAAGAAAAAGAAGAAGUUAGUCUCCAUUGAUUCAUCCUAUCCAGAUGGAAUCUUCCCUGAAGGUGAAUGGAUGGAUUAUCCCCUCGAUGUAAAUUCCCAUCGUACAACCUCAGAAGAAUUACGUUAUUUAGAUCGACAACAAAACAACAAAUGGGAAGAUUUCCGAAAAGGUGCCGAAAUUCAUCGUCGAGUAAGACAUAAAGCCCAAUCAUCAAUCAAACCAGGAAUGACCAUGAUUGAAAUUGCCAAUUUGAUUGAGGAUUCAGUUCGGACAUAUGCGGGCAAUGAACAUACUUUAAAAUCAGGGGUUGGAUUCCCGACUGGAUUAUCAUUGAAUCAUGUUGCUGCUCAUUAUACUCCAAAUACGGGGGAUAAAUUAUGUUUGAGUCAAGAUGAUAUUAUGAAGGUUGAUAUUGGUGUGCAUGUAAAUGGUAGAAUUUGUGAUUCUGCGUUUACGAUGACAUUUAAUGAAACGGGGAAAUAUGAUGCGAUUAUGAAGGCAGUUAAAGAAGCUACGAAUACUGGAGUUAAAGAAUCGGGAAUCGAUGUUAGAUUGAAUGAUAUUGGAGCUGCUAUUCAAGAAGUUAUGGAAUCUUAUGAAAUGGAAGAAAAUGGGAAAUUAAUUCCUAUUAAAUGUAUUAGAAAUCUUAAUGGUCAUAAUAUUGGAGAAUUUGUUAUUCAUUCAGGUAAAACAGUUCCAAUUGUACCUAAUGGAGAUAUGACUAAGAUGGAAGAAGGUGAAACAUUUGCCAUUGAAACAUUUGGUAGUACUGGGAAUGGAUAUGUUCUUCCAGAAGGUGAAUGUUCACAUUAUGCAAUGAAUGUAGGUGUUGAAGGUUUAAGUGCUCCAUCUGAAAGAUCGAGACAAUUAUUGAAUCAUAUUAAGGCUAAUUUUGGGACAUUGCCUUGGUGUCGUAGAUAUUUGGAAAGAUCAGGUGAAGAUAAAUAUUUAUUUGCAUUGAAUCAAUUAGUUAGAGCUGGUAUUGUAGAAGAAUAUCCACCCAUUGUGGAUAAGAGAGGUAGUUAUACUGCUCAAUAUGAACAUACUAUAUUGUUGCAUCCUCAUAGAAAAGAAGUUGUUACUCGUGGUGAUGAUUAUUAG